GCGGGGCUCGUCUGGCCUGUCCCCAACUUCCCACGGCUGCUUCCCCUUCCCCGGCACGCUGCAGCGGGCUCUCAGCAGGGACAGGCUCUCGCCUGCCCACGGCGCUUGCCCGACAGCUCCCGCAUCAUGCUGGCGUCUCUCCUCCACACCAUGCCGGCGUUUCUCCACGGGCUGGGGCAGGUCCUGGCAGUGGUGGUGCUCGUGCUGCAGCCGGCUGGGAGUCUCGAGGGUCAGUGUCCUGUCCCAGCCAUCGCACAUGGGCAGCUGAAACCUGCACAGAACUUCACCUACGGCAGCACGGCCACGCUCAAGUGCGAUGCCGGCUACGUCCCCGUGGGUGCCACCACCCUGCAGUGCCUGAGCAAUGGCAGAUGGCACUCACGGAUGCCCACCUGUGUCCUAGGUCGCUGCCCCUACCCUCCUGCCGUCGAUUACGCGGACCGAAGCCCUCAGCACACCUUUCCAGUCGGGACAACCGUGACCUACUCCUGCAGAUAUGGAUACACUCUGCUCCCCAACAUCUCCCCAGUAACUACUUGCCUUGAAAAUUUCACGUGGUCUGUGAUCCCAAAGCUUUGCCAGAGGGUGCAGUGUCCCAGCCCGACCAUCCUCCACGGGAGGGAGACCAGCCCCAGGAAAGCCGAAUACACCGUUGGGCACCAGGUGGAAUUUCAGUGCGACCCCACGUACGUGCUGAGGGGCAGCCAGAGGAUCCAGUGCUCGGCCGACGGGAUGUGGAGACCCCCGGUGCCGUACUGCGACAAGGUUUGUGGCCCCCCUCCAAAAAUCACCAACGGGCAGCACACUGGCUUGAGAACGGAGCAGUUUCCCUACGGCACCGAAGUGAAGUACAGCUGUGUGGAGGGUCUGUCCCUCGUUGGGGACGAGUCCGUCUACUGCACCUCUGACGACGGGGUGAACCUGACGUGGAGCGGACCAGCCCCGGAGUGCAGGCUGGUCCGGUGCCCCAAGCCCGCAGUGGAGAGGGCCAGGAUGACUCCGCAGAGGCUGACGUUUCCCUACGGGGCAGGCGUGCGGUUCUCCUGUGAGGAAGGCUUCGUGCUGCGCGGCGAUGCCGAGAGCCGGUGCCUGGCCGACGGCGCCUGGCACCCGCCCCUGCCCUCCUGCCAGCCAGUUCUGUGUCCACAACCACAAGUGGCCAAGGGAAGGCUGAAAAGCACUUCGGAAGUUAAAACGUGGUACCAAACAAAUGCGACUGUCACUUUUGAAUGCCUUGAUGGAUACUACUUUCCAGAGGAUGCAGUCACGGCUUCAGAAGAUUCUUGGACGGCCACGUGCUUGCCUGAUGGCAGCUGGACACCGCUGCCCAAGUGUCAGACAAAAGAAGAUGAUGCUGAUGUAUGUGAAGAGGUUCAUCACAUCAGAGCGGUCUUUGAAUGCGGUGUGCCUACAGCAGAACUGAAAACUCUAUUGGAAAUACAAAAACUGUUUCUGGAGAUUAAAAAACUAGAGCUGGAACUAGAAAACUUGAACAAGUGAGUCCUGUAAUGCACUGUAAUGAUCACCUUUCCUUUGGUGACCACACGGUUUCUGUAGUGACAAUGUCUAUACGAAGGCUCUCGGUGACACUAUCGUUCAUGCUUGCAUGCGUAUAGCCAGAGGAAUAAUAACCGGUUCAUGGGAGACUGCUUUUUCCACACUAGAUGCUAGAGCGUAGAGAGAUUUUAGCUCUUGUCCUUAAAUCUGACAAGCUCGAUUCCAUAUUUAGCAAACGUGUUUUUUCACAGUUUAUUUUAGGAAGCAUAGUAAGAAAUUAAAUUGAGCUCCUUCAAGUCACUGAAGAAACUGCGCUAAGCUGAGAGAAGGGGGACUGAGGUCCAGGGAAGUAAAGUUCUAGCGGAGAUGAGUUCCUGGGGCUCUAAAGGUGCUUUUGCCGCGAUCUUUUGGCCGGUGGUUUGGGCAACAACAGAUCCCCUGCCCGUGCCGUACCGAACUCAGGCUGUCACAGCAUUAGCGAGCUGCUUCUGUCCAGAAAUAGCAGUGAAGUGAGCGUUUAACUACCUGAUUUUCUGUUAAUCUAGCUCGUGAUUUCUAUUCCUCAAGUUAAGGGCAGUUACAUAUAAGAAGCGCGUUUGCAAAGGCUUCUAUUCUCUUAUCCCUGGAUUUAAAGCAGGCAACAGGUUUCUGGCCCAGGACUGUACUCGACAGAGGUCUGCGGGGUGUCAUCUUCCAUGUCCCUAUUUCUGGCAAGCAAAGGCUAAGAAUAGACGUUGUAAUUUUAAGGGUAGAGAAUCGAAGUGCUCUUACUACUCGACCAGCGGUGAUCAGAGCUCUGCGAUGCAGCAAUUACCCCUUCCCUUCAGGAUUACAAUAAAGAUGCAGGUGUAAC